AUGACCGUCCACUGUCAGCGAAAAUCCUCCGCGGCUUCAUCCAGCGUCGCUACGAAGCAGAUCAGCAUUGCCAACACGUCAGAAUCACGGACCACUGCCCUGGUGUCUGGACGCCGCCUCAUCGACAAGUCGCAGCGCUACUGCUUCUCUCUAUUGAUUGAAUGCUCGUGCUUCAAUUACUCAAUGAGAGUUGCGCAACGCCCAGACGCGACAUUGUGUGACGGCUUCUUCGAUGCAAUGAGCAGAUACCCCCGGUAUGGCUACACAGAAGGAUUGGCUCGAGUCUCGAAAGUCCAACCCUUUGCAAAUUGCAUAAUCGACACAUCCUUGUUGGUUAUCAUCAGCGGUAUCUUAACAGGCCCCACGAGGCAGGCCAAGGGCUCCAGCGAGCUGGCCUUCGCGCGUUUCACCACUGUGGAUGCACAAGAUCGUCUGAUGCUCCCUCAACCCGCCAUCCCAUGCUGCCUCAACCCUUAUGACGUCGCACAUGCCCUGCUCUACCCGUACGAAUACCUAUGA